AAGUGCUGGGGAAUCUUCUGGGGUGUGAGUGCCACUCUGAACUUUGCAGGAGCCCACUGCAUACCAGAGCUUGUUUUCCUUGGGGUGCUGGGAGGGCACCAGGAGCGUGAACAUGCCCACUGCCCAGGAGGAUGCUACAGUCCAUUCAGGGCAGGGACACACGGAACCCCAAUUCCCAGCUCAGAGUGCCCCCUCCCCAGGCCAGAGCUUUGUCUCUGGGGCUGGUGCUGAGCAGCGGUGCUGAGCAGUACCAGCCCUGCCCUCUAGCGUCAUGGUGCUCAGUUAACUGCUGGGAGCUGAGUCCUUGCAAACUUCUCACCUGCUGCCACUUGCCUGCAGAGCCACAUGAGUGCCAGGAAGGACAGACAGACACUCAGCCAUCUGCCAGACUUCCCACAGCCUAGUGGGCAGAGUGGCACCAGGGUGGCAGGCAGUGUAACACCAGGUCUUGCCCCAUUCCUCCUGUACCCCAACAGGAGGACACGUGGUGACCAGGGCACCCAGGCACCAUGGAGUGCCCACCCAAGCCCAUCUAUGGAGAACCCAGCAGGUCCCCCAAGCUCUGGGGACACGCAGGCACGAUGGCACAUGUCACAGACACUCCUCCCAGGUCGAUAACCGUGUGGCCAAGGCACUUUGCGGGGCUGGGCCAGCACCAGGGCCUCACCAAUGAGCGCCCAGAGCUGGUUAAACUUGAAUGAGACACCGAAGCCUCCCUGCGGUCCCUGCCCUCGGGACUCUGACCCUGUGUGGGGACAGCACAAGGAAACCAAGGCAGCGCUGAGCAGCCCUGCAGCUGCUGACACAGAGCUGGACGGAAUGGACCCCACCAUGGAGCUGGCAGAUGACCCCAGGUUCCCUCGGCCGCUGGUGGAGAUGCUGAUGCGGAACUUCAGCGUGCCGGCCGCAUGCUUCUCCCUGCCACCCACCUCCCGGCAGCUGCUGCAGCAGCUGGACAUGGUCCAACUCUCCAUCACGGGCCUGGCCACCAUCCUGACGCUGGUGUCAGUCGUCAUCUAUGUGGAAGAAGCCCUCUAUAUCUAUCACAAGACCAGCUGCCCCAUCAAGAUGAAGACCCUCUGCUGGAGCAGCUCGGCCCCCACGGUCGUGGCUGUGUUCAGCUGCUUCGGGCUGUGGAUCCCACGCUCUAUGAUGGUGGUGGAGAUGGCCACCACGAUGUACUUUGCCACCUGUUUCUAUGUCAUGAUGAUGGUUAUGGUGGAGGGCUUCGGGGGGAAGGAGGCCGUGCUCAGCACCCUGAAGGAUGUGCCCAUGGUGGUGAGCACUGGGCCCUGCUGCUGCUGCUGCCCCUGCUUGCCCCGCAUCACCAUGAGCAGGAGAAAGCUUCGGCUGCUGAUGCUGGGGACCUUCCAGUAUGUCUUCCUGAAAACAGCUGCUGUUUUCCUGGGACUGGUCCUGUACACUGAUGGGAACUACAACCCUGCUGAUAUCUCAGCAGAGAGUGUGGCACUCUGGAUCAACACCGUCAUUGGAGCCUCCACCCUCUUCGGGCUGUGGGCACUGGGCAUCCUCUUCCGACAGGCACGACUGCAUCUGAAGGAGCAGAACAUGCAGGCCAAGUUCACCUGCUUCCAGCACUGCAGCCUGCCAUCUUCAGCAUCCUGGCCAACAACGGUAACAUCACCUGCUCACCGCCCUUCUCCUCCAAGGCCAGGUCACAGCAGAUGAACAUGCAGCUGUUAAUCCCACAGACCUUCAUCCUGGUGGUGGUGGCACGGAUGUAUUACCGCAAGCAGGAUGACAAGCCGGG